AUGGUGCGCUACUCCAAACUCGCCUUCCGCCAGACGGUGCACCAUUACGGCACCGACUUGUCCUGGACACCCAUGAUUCUCGCAAAGGAGUUCAACAGAUCCUCCUUUGCGCGCGAUGGCGACUUGACCAUCAACACGGCCGGUCCGCAGCCGCCCACCAUCCUGCAGUUCGGCGCCAACAACCCGCGCGAGCUCGCGAGGGCCAGUCUCCUGGCCAUCCCCUGGGUUAAUGGCGUCGACCUCAACUGUGGAUGCCCCCAGAGCUGGGCGUGCGCUGAGACGCUGGGUGCUGCCUUGAUGAACCAGCGGGAGCUCGUCAGGGACAUGGUGCUCGAGACGCGAAGCACGCUGGCAGACGGUGGCUGGCAUGUUGGCAUAGACAAGGACAAGGAGAGCGCCACGGGAAGGAGCGUCAGCGUCAAGAUCCGCAUUCACGACGACCUUAGGAGAACCAUGGACUGGGUCGAUGCUGUCAUCGGGGACCCCAACAACAGGAACGUGGAUUGGAUCACGAUCCAUCCGCGCACGCGAAGCACCCCUUCCACGACGCCCAUCCGAGAGGACGCCCUGGCUAUCCUGGCGGAGAAGUACAGCCCCAUCUUGCCAGUCCUCCUCUCGGGCGAUGUCUUCGACGCCCGCGCACUGCCAUUCCAGGCAUCCACGCCCGCCACGCACGACACGUUGACGCUGAAUGACAUCCUGCCCCGAGACAAGACUGGCGGCCCAAAGCCCAGCAACACCAACAUCGCAGGCUUUAUGUCGGCCCGCGGUCUCCUGUCCAACCCAGCUCUCUUCGGCGGACACGCGACCUGCCCCUGGGAGGCGGUCGAGUAUUUCAUGAACAGAGUCGCCAGGGCCCCGAUCCCUUUCAAGCUUACGCUUCAUCACGUCCACGAAAUGGUCUCGCCCGGCAUGGGCAAGGACAAGACGGCUCUCCUCGAUCGCAAGGAGCGCGCACAGCUCAAUCGUCUCACAAACAUGUUUGACCUCGUCGACUUUCUCGACGCCAAAAUAGAGGAGAAGACGGGCCAAAAGGGCAUUCACCGCGACCUGUGA